AUGGAUUUGCUUUGUAUUGCGGGCUGCCUUCUGAGCAUUUGUGCGUGGUGUGCGUCUACAGAGCGACACAGCGUCUACUGGAACAGCAGCAACCCAAAGUUUGUGUGGGACGACUACGCGGUGGAGGUGCGUCUGAACGACUACCUGGACAUCGUGUGCCCGCAUUACCCCGAGGGCGAGGUGCCGCAGGUGGAUGCAGAGCGCUACGUCCUCUACAUGGUGGAGCGCGAGGACUACGACAGCUGCAAGCCCCAGAGCUACGACCAGAUGAGGUGGGAGUGCGGACACCCCUUCGCCCCCCACGCCCCCGAGAAGUUCUCCGAGAAGUUCCAGCGCUUCACCCCCUUCACGCUGGGAAAGGAGUUUCGACAAGGAGAAAGUUAUUAUUAUAUCUCCAAACCCUUGCAUCAUCACGGACAGGACUGUCUGCGACUGCGGGUGGACGUCGUGGCAACGGACGGCUCCAAAGAGGCUCGAGUGGCCAAAGUCAGCCCGGGCGGGACAGCAGCAGCCGGGGCAGGGGGCGGCGUCCACAACCCCUCCAACAGACUGCCUGCAGCAGACGACCCGGUGGUGAUCUUCCCGGACGUGCAGAAAAGCGUUCGGACCAACGCGGCCAUCGCAACAACGUCGCUGUCCGCCGUCUCCACACUCGUUCCCUUCUCAUUAUUACUACUGCUCCUACACUGA